UCAAACUUUAUUUAGCUUAACGGGUCUCUGUUUCUUGUUCUCUUUUUAUCUGUUUCUGACAUUCAAAAAGCUUGAUCAGAUGUUGGAUGUGCUGGUAGUUGGAGCAGGUCCUCAUGCUCUCAUUCUGGCCACCCUGCUCUUAAACCCCCAGCAGCAUGUCAGUUCCUCCAAUGUAGAAAUCCUUCAGGGGUUACAGCUCAGCAAGACAAAUUCCAAGACUGGACGGACCAAGAGCCAAAGGAGAUCUGUUGGUACAAGGUCAGAGUUACAUAAAGACCUGGAACGUCCUCCAUGCCCACUUUUGAACUUCAAGGUGGUGGAUUCCUAUGGAGAAUGGGCUUCCCUGUGGGAGAGCCAGUUCACUGCCCUCAACAUCCCUCACCUUCGCUCACACAUGCUCGUUCACACCAACCCCCUGAAUAAGAAAGCCUUGCAAGAGUUCGUGCUGGCAAAGGCUCGUGUAGCUGAGCUUCACUCUCUCCCUGAGAGGGUUUAUAUUCUGGAUAAGAAUGCCUUUUUUAAUGAUGGACGCCUUGGCAAGCAAAACAGGAAGCUUCUCAGUGCUGCACAAGGACUGCAGACAAACUUAUAUUUUAGCCUACCUGGAACUCAGCUCAGUGUGGACUUCUUCAAGGAGCAGGUGUGCUCUUACAACCUGGACCGGAUCAUCAUGAAAGGCACUGUGGACAGAAUUGCUCCAAUUCUCUCUAAAAAACAAAACAAAGUUGAAUUCUUUCGAGUAACUUUAGACACUGGAGAAAUUAUUGAGGCCAAAAAGGUGGUUCUAGCUACAGGACCCACCAGAGAACAGAUGGCAAAUAUUCCUCCAUGGGUAAGCGCAAUCUCAGAAAAUUACCCUGAAGAGAGCCUGCAGCACACAGUGAAACUAAUGCACUUCAUGUCUCAACAUAAGGAUAAAGGCAAUUGUGUCACAGGCCCACCUGCUGUAUGCCAUAGGAGCCAGAGAGUAAUGGUGAUUGGUGGAGGCCUGACCAGCGCACACAUCAUCUUCAUGGCUCUGCAACAAGGUGCGAAUCAAGUGACCUGGGUCUUGCGCAAACAUGUACAGCUCAAGCAGUUUGAUGUUGGAGAUGUGGAGAGUCUGAUUGGCCGCUACUCGCACAUUGAGCAUGGCAUCAAGCUGGACGGCCUGGCUUACCUGCGGCAAUUCUACGGAGAAAGGAGUCUGCACAGGAGGCUAGCAAUGAUCAAACAGGCACGUAAAGGAGGAGCCGUGACUCCAGAGGCUUAUGCACAGCUGCAGCCCUUCAUUCAGUCAGGGCAGCUGCUUGUCAAGGCAUACUGUCAGGUUACUGAGGCAAUGUGGUGUUAUGAAGCUCAGAGGUGGAAGGUCUUCCUUUGUGAUGGUGAAAAAUGGACAGGUGACAGGAUCUGGCUUGCAACAGGCUGCAAACUGGAUGUCAAUCAAGACCCCUUACUCUCAGACAUCAAGGAGGACUUCCCAAUUCAGGUGCUUGAAGGAUGGCCAUGUAUUUCAGAGACUCUGCGGUGGGCUCCUGGAUGUCCUGUUUAUCUGAUGGGACAAUAUGCAGCACUUCAGGUUGGUCCCCAUGCUGUGAACCUUGCAGGAGGCCAGGCAGCAGCUUUCCGCAUUGCAAGGGAUAUCAUAGAUGAACAUGGCAGUGAAGAACUGCACAAAGAAACCACCAAAGUCGAAAAGGCACGGACUGAGGAGUACAUUUCUCACAUGCACGGUCUCAUGUGGCUAUGAUGCUAAAAAACAUACUAAUAUUUCAAUUUGGAAAGAGAGGCUUACAUUGCAGAUUAUUGUAAUGUCUGUCCAGAAUUAAUAA